GCUGAAUAAUACGCCCCUCCUAAAGUUAGUUGUAAGUGGAGUUUUAGUAUCGACACCCCUUUACUUACAGCCAUUAAAAUGAAUUGGGUCGGGGGUUCCAGGAACCGCUUAGUGAUGAAGAACGACGUAAAAAAGCAAAGGGAGUUUUUUGCGAAGAGGAAACUGCAGCAGAAACUGACGAGCCUGGGCAUAGCACCGCCCGCCCUCUCAGCUGGAGACGGCAGCUCCGGGAGCACAGAUCUCCUGACCUUGUUUGUUGUCAACCAGAUAGCUUCCACAAAAACGAAAGCAGAACCUCCAAAAGUAGCAGUUUUUGGCAGGUCUAACAGAUCCAAGCAUCGCAGAAAUGAGCCCCUAGUGCUCCCCAUGAGCCCGUGUUCUCCGUCGCGUCUCAGUCUUCUCGGGAGCCCGGCUCAGUCCAGUGUUCAAGAAAUAAGAAAACAGCGGAUCAUGUAUCAACAGUUAUCACCAGUACUGGAGUCAGCAUUCUCAGACAACAGCGCGUCUGACUACCUGCCACCCGCACAUGGCCUGCCUACCUCCGCCUCCCCCUCCUCAUCGUCAGCUUCAGGCCAAGGAUUAUUCCCGCCGCAGAUGAAGAUGCCCAAACAAAGCCAGACUCAGUCGCAGCCUCUUCCUCACUAUUCUUCUCCACCCUGGGACAGAUCAGCGCUGCAGCAAGCUGAGUUUCAGCCCUUCUCCCAGCCCAGAGGUAUGACAGACCCCGGUUCCUGGUCUGUCAGAGCCAACCCACCCCCUUUCCAGCUGGAGACUCCCGCAGCGUCCCGCUUCCUGUUUGGAAGUCCAGAACCAGAUAAAACCAAAGUACAACAUCACGGAGGACAUUCAGGUCCCUUUAUGCUGAAUCAACUGGAGCCCAAACAGGCCACGCUGGAUUUUCCAAUAAGCCAGUCAGAACCCAGACAUCUGUUUGAAGAGCACGUCUUCGGGAUGUUUAAUGAUAACAGCCAUGGGACACAAAGUGCUUGCUUUGGGAAUGCAUGCUCAAAAGAAUAUUUGAAAGAUGAAUCCUCAGUGACACCUUCAUCCCCUCAAACCGUGCCCAAUCCUCAGGCUGUUGAAAUGGAGCUCUCCAACGGCACUGACACAAGCUCCACAUGUCUCGGACAGAGGGCCGGGCUGCUGAAAAGCUUUGAAUAUUCGCCAAGUUGCUCAUGCAGUGCGGGUUACCUCAGUUCAGACUCCAAUGAUGGUGACCCUUGCUUUGAGUCAUGUCACCAAGACUCUGGCUUUUAUUUGGACGAAGCCUGUUCUGAGCAUGUGAGAUCGCCCGCGCAGAGAAUUACAGUCCUCUCCCCGCCAAGGCCCCUCACCCCGCUAAUGAGAUCUGCAAGGAAUGCCGGGGACAACCAAAACAGGACGGGGAAAGAGGCCGGCACAGAUAGAGCGUCAGGAAGCCAGCAGGCGGGGAGCUUCACGGCUCCAUCGUCGUCUCCUCGGCCGCUGGGUGAAACUUCUAACUCAGAAAUGUGUGUAUGCAGGAAAACGUUCGCUCAGAGCCAAGACGUAGAGACCCAGACAGAAUACACUUACGACACUUGCGAUGCUUCAACUCAGUGCAGCUUUGUUGCAAACAGCGAGGGCGGAGCCUCAGGCUUCACUUUGGAUCGACCAGCUGUUGGCGCGUCGUUACAGCUUCCAGCGAACGAGAGGGACACUGAUGUGGAGCCACAGGCUCUCAGAGCUCCAUCAAAAGCCUCACCAAGUACAGAAGGAGGGGCUCCUUGGAGCUGGUGGAAAUCCAGACCUGACUCAGGAAGCAGGGUUCCCCACAGUAUCACUGCAGAAAACAUCCUGCAGAGACCCAUCAACCCUUUACAUGGGGUUUGGAGCCCAAGAGGAGAGGGAAAUGGAGACAAGAGAGAGCAGACGGGGGAAGACGAGAAGAACCCUGCGGUGAAAGAGGUGUUCAGUGAAGGAAGAGAGGGGGUCACGUCGGCCAGCAGAGGUCACACCCUCUCAGAGGAGGCGGUGACGCUCCGGGAGAUAGCCAACGUUUUGCUCCUGUUGAAGCAGAGGAGUAAUGAUCAGAAGUGACCUAAAAGAAGCUAGACAGAUAAAGGAAACAGAAAAUACAAUAUGUGUUGUCCUUCAGUGUUAUUUACAAGUUAUUUUAAAAUUUGCUUGCAGCAUAAAAUGGUCUGUAAGCGACGUUGUUGUGUGAGUAAACAAACGAAAAGCCUUUAAGCAU